AUGCUCAAUCUUGAACAUGAUUAUGAGCAGUUUUUUAAAUUUACACGGUGUUCUCCGAGCCAGUUCAAUGAGUUACUUCAAUUAGUGGGACAUAAACUGCAGAAGGACACUCGAAGAAAUCCUUAUACAUUGUCACCUUCACAUCGACUGAUAUUAACAUUGCACUACUUAGCCGAGGGCUGUACAAUGCAGGAAAUUGCAAGGAAUUUUCGUAUCGGAAAGACAACAGCACAUGUCAUCAUUAAAGAAACGUGUAAAAUCUUAUGGGACGUUCUACAGCCACAUGUAUUGAAAUGUCCAAGUAUUGACGACUGGAAGAACAUUGCUCAUGAAUUUUAUCAUCGAUGGAAUAUGCCAAAUUGCUUUGGAGCUGUUGAUGGUAAACACAUCAACAUUAUGGCUCCAAAGCACUCUGGAACUGAAUUCUUCAACUAUAAGAAGUCUUUCAGCAUCGUAUUAAUGGCCAUGUGUGAUGCAUAUUAUCGUUUUACAUUUGUUGACAUUGGAGCAGCUGGUUCUAAUCACGAUUCUGUCAUAUUCAAGGAAUGUGCGUUUGGUAAAGCAUUACAAGAUCGCACUUUGGAAAUUCCAGAGCCAUGCAAUCUUCCUAAUUCAAAUAUUAAAUUUAAUCACUUUAUAGUAGCAGAUCAAGCAUUUCCCCUUGACAAGCACAUUAUGCGACCAUAUCCAGAGGAUAUUCCACAACAUGAAAGAAGAUAUGUUGUAACGGAAGUUUCUGAAUAUAUAGAUGAAAAUGGAGUACCUUUGCACAAAGAUAUACCAUGUGAUUUACGUUCUAUUGGUCGAUUAGGAUCAAACAAUCCUUCAAAAACUGUCAAAUAG